AACAGCAUCCAAUAAAUAUAAGAAUCAGUAUAAUAUACUCGUUGACUUCGUGUUCAAAUUACGUACAGAGCAAUGCACUUCAGCCUUUUUGGAUGAGUUACUCAACACAAAGAUGGUGUUUUCCUAUUAUCUGUUAAUAAGUAGUCAAGUAAUCACAUUGAAAGGAACACUUAUUUUCUGGUACAUGCACUUCAUCUAAUUAUAAGUAUAUGGUCAGAAUAUGUUUUAUUAUCUACGUUUGAAUGGAAUAAGAAAACACCUUUAAUUCCUUGAUGCAAUUUUCAAGCAUAGGUUGUAGUCAAGUUUAUGGAAUGAUUAGUUCUUAAAUCAUUAUCUGCCUCUGCCUCACAGUCAACCGCGUCAUCAAGAUAGUUAUUUAUAUGCAUUGUUAAUUAAUCAAUCUUUCUUGGAAUCAUUAACAGAAGCUAUGCAAAAGGUUCCUAAAACUAAACCAUGGAAGAAAUGUGGCAACAUUAGCACAUCUGAAACUAAUCAUUCAGAGGGUCAAUGUAAAUGGACAAGUGAAAGCCAGAUUCAAGGCACAUGAAGAUUUUGCAACGGUGGUUGGGCAAGCAUACUUCCUUGCAUUCAUAAUGGAAAAGUUUGCCAUGAACACAUUAGAUGACACACCAAAACAUGACAUGAUUCCGAGCAACAUAUGCCUUCAACACAAGCAUCAUAAAGAAGAGGUUGCAAACCGUGUGAUGGAGGAGAUAGUCAAAGACAUCUUCAUCCCAUUUGAAGACAAGGCACAAACAUGCAGGCUGAAAAUGUCUCUUGGUAACUGGCAAACAGAGGCUGAGACCCCCAUCAAAGACGACAAAGUAAAAGUAAAUGUGGCUGUAGGUAAAACCGCAGUAACACUGGAUAUUCCAACAGCCACUGUAAAGAAAGGUUGUGUGGUAAAACUUCCUGGAGUUGACAAUCCAUUACAUAUAAAGGAAAAGGUAUCACAUACUUCAGCAAGUACCACAGAUGGUCUACAAGAUUAUGUUGUGAACUUUUUACAAUGGUAUUUUGUAAUAAUCCAACUUCAGGAUGCCAUACAUGAGGGUGAUGUUGUCCGCACCAAUGUGAUACUGAAAUAUAUGAUACCAUUCUUUUAUUCUCACUCUAGUCUUUCUAAGUAUUUUUCAGAGUGUAUUGACUUUAUAUUGAAGACAGAGCUUACUCUGCCUCCAAACUAUUCAAUGAGGGUGCGGGCUGCAUCCUUUGUGAAUGUGCAUGGUGGGAGAGGACAAAACAAAGCAGCUGACAUGCACAAGGAAAAUGAGGUUAAACUCCUAAAGGAGUUAAUUAAGGGAUUAGGAGCUAACAAGUCAGAACAUUCUAUUAUUGCAAUAUCAAAAGCAGCUCCGGUAGUGGCUGCUGUUGUCAGCAAUUUUGACAAAAUGCUUGAACUGAAAAAGCUGUUAAUUCUUCCCACAAGAAGAGAUCGUCUGUAG